CCAGCUCAAGCACUGAAGAGGCAGUGCACGUGCUGGUUUUGAGAAAAAGGGUUUCAUCAGCCAUGUGAUGGUUUCCACCAACAGGAUGCGGGAUGGGUAUAUUCUUCUGUUCUGGGUAUUUCCUGUUUUCUUGGAAGGAUGCUGUGAGAAACACAAACAGCGUGAUAAAGGUCCUUUUAUAAAUAUGAGAGAGCAGCACUAUCGAGUUGUGGAGGGAGAAAUGUUUGUAAUGCCGUGCACAAAUAAGGAGGUGACCAAGUACGAAAUGAGAGAAAAUGGAGGACUUUACUUUCACUGCGGAAGAGAGUUCUUGACCAAAGUUGAACAUUCAGGAAAUUACACCUUGGUGAACGGCAGAAUGUCUCUCCAGCUCCAGGUACUGGAGAAACAGCGCUAUCCAUGUUACAAUACUAAAGAGGAGAACGUGGAGCUUCUUGCUGGUGCAGGAGGGACAAUCCCUUGCCCUGGUUUUAACUGCUCGCUUGGUGCAAGUGUCACCUGGUACAAGGGUAACAAAAGUGUCUCAGAACAACGUCGAACAUCCUGCGUGGAGAACGGCGAUUUGCAUCUCUGCCCGGUUCGUCAUGUUGACACUGGACGAUUUUUUUGUGAUCAACACUUUACAGAACAAGGAAUCCAUUGGAUUUUGAAAAGGCCUGUGACAGUAAUGGCCAAACUCUAUGAAAACCCUCCGAGAAUUACGAAACCUAUUGACAACACAACAGACGAAGUGGAGCUCGGCAAGCCUCACACGCUGACCUGUGAGGUCCAUUUUCCUUUUGAGGUUAAAUUUCCUCCACAAGUGCGAUGGUAUGUGAACCAUAGAGAGGAUGGGGAUAACAGAACUCUGUUUCACAGUGAGAACCCGCAUGUGGAAAGGGUGGAAUAUUCAAUAUGCAAGGUCACGCACAACAUCUUCAUACAAGAAGUGACGGCUCUACAUUUGAAGAACACGUACACUUGCAUGGCCAAAAACUCAUUUGGAAAGCACAGCGUCACAAUCAAGCUGAAGAGAAAAGUUCAUGAGAAAUGGCUACUACUCUUCGUUUAUCCAAUCGCGUCAUUGGCUUUGGUUGCUGGCAUGGCCAUCGUUUUGCACGUCAAAUGGUUGGAGCUAAAACUGAUUUACAUCACGCGCUUCCAACGUGGAAAAGCUGAUGCAGAUGAGAAAGAGUUUGAUGUGUUUUUGUCUUAUGUGUGGACACGUCCACAGCUCUCAUUGUCAGGACAAGGUCCUAGUCAAGAAUUAUCUGAUUAUUCAUCCAUCAGUGAUUUGAGGCCACCUGAGGUGAUGAUUCCCAUGGUUUUGGAGGACCUUUGGGGCUAUCGUCUGUGUUUACUAGAGAGGGACAUGCUUCCCGGUGAAGCCUACACAAACGACGUGGUCCGCGCAAUCCGUAGAAGUCAAAUCCUUAUUUGUGUUGUCUCUGCGGAAUAUUUGGCCAACAGCAAUGCUGUGUUUGUUCUGGAGUCGGGAAUUAAGGUUUUGCUGCAGAGUUCUCCUCUUAGAAUUCUGCUAAUAUGGAUGAAUAGAACUUCUGCAUUCUCUUUGGAGGCUGAUUCACCUUUACCUUCGGUCGUCCAAAGGGCCUUGAAGGUGCUGCCUAGCCUGGACUGGAAAUCCGGACACAGUGCAAGAGUUAGCAGCAAAUUCUGGAGGUCACUGAGGAAGGCCUUACCCAAACCUAGAGUAACAUCACAGAACAUUUAGAUUUACAUUUUUGUGCAAUGCAAAACUAUUGCAAAGCCAAUGGAUUUGACGUCUCGCACCGUCAAUAAAAUUAUUAAAUGAAUGCCAUUGCAGAUUCAUGGCGCAAUAAGCCCCUGAACUAUUUUUAAUUUGUGCGUUUUACCCUGAAGACCCGUUUACAGACAUCGCUCAACCGCUUUUGUUUCAACCUAGCCAUAAAAAGAAGGUAAGUAAUCGUAUUUAUUAUUUGAAAUGUCUGUCAUUUUUAGCUUAGAAUCAUCAAUAGAUGUCUAAUAUUUAGUUUAAAAAAAAAAAAAAAAAAAAAAAACGACUUUAGAAAAUUAUUCACUCACAUAUUUUACACUUUUAAACAAAUUAUGUCACAAUGAAAAAAUUGGCGUCUGUAAAAAAGUCAUGGAUAUCUACCUCAUAACUAUCACUUAAUUGUAUUUUUUCUCAUUACUGUCGCAUUUUCCUCUGAUAUUUUAGAUGAUAAAUAAUGACCCAAACAAAAAAAAUUGAAAAAAAAAAAAAAAAACAUUUAAAAAGGUAAAUAUAUGAAAAAGAAAAUCUCGACCACUCCUUAAUGUCUGCGAUUUCUUCACCCAUAAAACCCCCAAAAAAUCCAGCUGUGGCCAUUCACAGCUGUGUCUUGACACUCGGUGAUACAUGCUACAUGGAGUAUUUGGGUCGAAACAUGGUAAGUACGUGAUAAUAUCUCGUUAAAGUCAUGGCGUCUGUAUUUCUGCUCUCGCGUGCUCUCACCUCCAGAUAGGGUUUUGCUGUUUACAUUUUUUUUUAAUGCCCUCCAGUUGAAAAUGUUUCUUCCCCCAGAAAAUUGACAUUUUAAGCUUUCCAAUGAUGUGUCACACGUGCAUAUCGGACAAUUUUGAAAUUUGGACAAAUUGAGGGUCUCGGAGCGGAACUUCAAGUCACCUAAGUGUUUUCCGCCAUAUUACGUCAAAAAGUCUGUUUUGUUUAAUAUGCUUGUCUUAUGUGUCCUGUAAUUCUCCAUGUUAGAGUAAAUUUCAACUUAGAGUAGUAUCAGUGCAGCAAGGGCGUGGGUUUGCAUAGGGACGGUAGGGACAUAACGCUACCAACUUUCCAGGAUGCACAAAGGCUACGUUCAUACUACAGGUCUUAAUGCACGAAUCCGAUUUUUUGUCAUAUUUGUUUUUUUUGGCGUGCCCAUUCAGACUGCCUUUGUCCAUUGAGACCAUUCAAGUAUUACGCAUGCGCACUAAUUCGCAGUCCAACAAGCGCUGAGCAAGACGACCCGCAUGCGCAGAAGCAUCAAAACAAAUGGCCACCCAUGCUGGCUGUCAUUCGUCAUUCCAGGGAUAUCAUAUUUUGCUUUUUAAAAAGAGGACACAAAUAAGAGACAUAAAUAAUCCUAGUUUAGGCUUAUAUUCAAAGUAUAAGGAUCGAUUGCAUGCACGCACUGUCCGUGCAUGUCUCACACACAUACGCGCAGUUUGCCCCGACUCUCGGCCGUGUAAGCAAUGUUGAAAUAUUGCUUACAUGGAACAGACAGAAAACAGAUCAUUCUCAGGCUUAUCCUCAACCCAUUUUUAUUUUUUUUUAUGACUGUUGUAAGUCCGACCCUUCCUAAAAAGCCGUGUUAAAGGCAAGCUAGGCGCUAAUAACGCACAGCUGCACCGCUACCGUGGCGUCUCUCUCGCUUUUUGAUGACGUAAUUGCUGCAUGAAUUUCGAUUUGAGAGACUGGACAGUACAGACCGCCGCGACAGUCUGGAAAAAUGUGGCCCAGAUCGGAUUUG